AUGAUCUUGGAACAACACUUCCAGACAGCCCCCCAAAAUGCACGGUACAAUUCGCCACAAAUUCAGAAUGAGCUCAUCUCAUGUGCUGGAGAGUGGAUACAGCAGCAAAUCCUCAGUGAGAUUAAAGAUGCAACAUUCUUUUCUGUUUGUGCUGAUGAAGCAGCUGAUUGUUCAAACAAGGAACAACUACCUCUUGUGCUACGCUUUGUUGAUAAAGUAAACACUAUUCGUGAGGUGUUUGUCGAGUUUGUUGUUUGCGAUACUGGCACUACUGGACAAGCCAUUGCAGAGAAAAUACUUGAGGCUUUGAAAAGGUACGGUCUUGAUAUUAGCUGCCUCCGCGGUCAAUGUUAUGAUGGAGCAGGAAACAUGGCUGGUAAAUACAAAGGGGCUGCUAAGGUUGUUCAGGAUACCUGUCCAAAGGCUGUGUAUGUGCACUGCGCAGCCCAUGUUCUGAAUCUUUGUGUUGUGGGUGCUUGUAAAGUUCAACUAGUUAAAAACAUGAUGGGCACAAUGGUAGAGAUUUGCUUGUUUUUCUCAAAUUCACCCAAACGACAGAUUGUUGAAACAUUUUCAAUCAUUAGCAGUGGCAGUUCGAGUGGCUGGAAUAGUGAGUCUUGUCGUGCAGCAGAGAGUCUUCUAAUUUGCAUCACAAGAUACCAGUUCAUUAUCUCUUUUGUGGUUGCAAAAGAAUGCCUCCAGUACACAAAGGGCCUCACAGUGUCCCUACAGAAGAGAGCUAAUGAUAUUUGCCAAGCAUAUUCUGAUGUCAAAACUGUGAUUGCUACUCUUCAAGAUGUGCGAAAAAACAUGGUUAGCAAGCAUAGGACCUGGCAUGAAACAGCAAUUACUCUCGGGGAAAAGGUGAAUGCAUCUCAGCCACAACUGCCUAGGCGCUGCUCAGUACAAACCUCCAGAAGCAACACACCUGGCGAAACUCCCGAGGUGUACUACCGCCUCACAAGUUGCGAGUGUGAGCGAAGUGUCAGUGUGCUACGUCGUCUUAAGACUUAUCUCCGCUCUACAAUGGGACAAGAAAGACUCAGUGGACUAGCAUUACUACACACACAGUAUGGAAUGAAGCUGAACCUGGAUGAAAUAGUCAACAUGUUUGCAAGAAAACAUUCCCGUAGAAUGGAACUCAUGGACAUACUUAGUGAAUUUGAUGAAGCUGAUGAAGAUUAA